AUGACUAGAGGCUGUUUGACUCGAUUUUGGAGCAGGUUCUUUGGUGGGAAGCAGACCCAACAAACGGUGGUCAAGGAUGUCAAGUCAGAGGCGACCAUUGAUUUUGUUCAGGACAUUGCUCCUUCUGAGCCCACUACUGCACCUGAAGAACACUUAGAACCACCUCAAACACAUUUUUGGUGGUUUGCACCAAGUGACUACACAACUACUAUAAUGAAUAUGCCGGAUGUAGCGGUUGCGAGGAUUCUGGAGUAUUUGGAUUUCAAGGAAAUCUUCACCCUCCGAAAAGUUAACCACGGCUUCCGUGGCUUCAUUGACCAUAGCUAUCCCUCUCUCAACCUCACUAACCUUCAUAUCUCAGCGACUCCCCAAAAAAUUAUAAUGGUCUACAACCUUACUACUCAUGUGGAGUACCAACUGGAUCGCUAUGGAUGUAUAGUGAUUCAAGGCGCUAAAAAAACUUUUUUGGAGGAUUCAAGCUUCCUGGAAACCUUCUUGGAGGACUUAGAAUAUGUUCUAUCCCGUCAGAAAGGAAUUCUAGAAGCUCUCCAGCUGGAAUGGAGGACUCAAUCUCUCAUACUUACUCCAUGGGAUGAGCAGGUGAAUUCUAUCUUCAAUGCGUUCCAGCAAUUUCUGGGCGCCCGCAAAAAACCACUUCGAGUUCAAAAACUCCUCAUCAACGCUUAUACCCAACAUCACGUCAUAGCACUUUUACGUCAUUUCGACCCAAAAUUCAUCAAGGAAAUCCAAAUUUUCGUCACUUGUCUGGACGCCAGAGAGGAGGUAUUUGAGUUGGGUGAGCUGGUCAAAUUGGAGAGUCAUUGGAACAAUUUGGAGCGUGUUGUGAUGAGAAGAAAAAUCUCGCAGAACGAUUUUCACUAUUUCACAAAGAUUCGUGAGGUAUCAGUGAUAGUGCAGGGAGUGAGCUUGGGCAGUUUGGUGUUUUUGAAGGAGACCCUCACCCUCUCCCCAACAUUUCGAAAGUUUGCAGUCGAAAUCAAGUGUUUCCGCCUCCCCCGGCGAUCUCUUCUCGAUCUUUAUGGACCUCCGAAUGUGGAAGAAAACGAAAGAAGGUCAUAUUACUUCCGUAUUCCAGAUGACACUAUGCUUCUGAAGAUGUCCAUCGAUCCAUUUGACAGUGUCCUCUCAUUUUUUAGGAUUGAAAGGGCGGAGCUCCCAAAGUUUGCCUAUGUUCAGAAUUGA